AUUGGAGGCAGACAUCAGUUCAACGGUUUCUUGCGAACAAUUCGAAACGUUUACCCAGCAAUAAUUGCAACUGGCGGAGUUAACUCUUUAAGAACGUGAAGUACUCAGGAGAAAAAGUGUGUGGUGCGAGGCGUUAAGUUUUUGCUAUAAACCCAAAGAACGUUCGGUUGUUGUUCGUAACGCGUUAUUUUUGUGAAUUGAAUUUUACAUUGUGAAAAUGAAGUAUUUCAUUGUCAUUGCCAUCCUUAUUGCUGUCGCACAAGCGGUACCAAUCGAAUUGGGUCAUUACGGAGCGCCGAUAUUAGCUCAUGCCCCAGUACUGGCACAUGCCGUGCAUGCUGAGCCUGUGGCUUACCCAAAAUACUCAUUCAAUUAUGGCAUUAAGGAUCCACACACCGGCGACAUUAAAUCACAAGCCGAGGAACGUGACGGCGAUGUAGUCAAGGGCCAAUAUUCACUAGUCGAACCUGAUGGCUCAGUGCGUACUGUCGACUACACUGCUGACGAUCAUAAUGGUUUCAACGCCGUCGUACACAAGACCGCACCUAAAGUUGCGAUCGCUCAUGCACCAGUGCUGGCACACGCCCCCAUUCUGGCACAUGCACCCGCACCACUGCUGCACCAUUAUUAAAUGAGCGAAUGAUUUGGCGAGAGAGCGAAAGGCACUUAGGUUGGCAGUUGUAGGAAAUUGAGGUCGUUUUGCAUUUGAGAAAACUUUGAACUGAUUAACGAAAGCUGGCCGUGACAUACACGUGGUAUAAACGAUCUUACAGUUGAGCUGCUAACCGUGCUUCCCUCGUUACUCAGCCUUGUACAACUCUUGCACACACAUACAAUUUCUCAUUCAAAUACUCAUUGACUCACUCAAAUAAGCAUACUCAUUGCUACAUACGUGUAUAAGCGAGUUUAUUGCAUUUAACAAAUAAUUAAAACGUUUAGCGAUUUAAGUUCAACGAAUUGACGACGGUCGCCAAUCAAUCAGCAAACAAGGAUUCAUUCAGAAGCGAGGAAGAUGAAAGAAAAGAAGAAAAUAGAUUUAAAGCCAGGAUUAAAAGAAAAAAGUGGAAAAUGUAUUUACUCUCUCUCACUCACUCACUCACUCACUCUUUGUAUGUACUCGUAGUUUAACACAAGUUUAUCGUUUAUCGUAAAAACUUUAUUUUUUUAACAAUUAAUGAUGAAGUAAAACAAUAUGAAGAAGAAAUGGAGUAGCUGUAGUAAUAGUAGACGAAAAUGGAGAUCAUCGUUCAUAUUAUGUAAUGUAGGAUCGUACUUUCACAUCUCCCAUACACACACUUACUCUAUUCAACAUUUCUUUCACACUUUGCCAAGUGCUUUUAUUGCUCCCUUAUAUUUUCUAAAAUCUAAAGAUUUUCGUUCCGAUAAGAGAUUGAGGUGUAAGGACACGCUCUGAGUUUCCUAAAAUAUUUAAAGUCAAAAUGACAUUUUCCAUUUGAUAAAAAACGUACACUGUCCCUCGUGAAUACUUAGAAACGUUUCUUAUGACUUUAACUCAACUUUUGUAAAAUAUUUAUAAACUCUAUUGCUUCAAUCUAGUUCUCAUCGUUUCAACAUUGUAGGAUGUUUCAAUUGGAAAAUGGCAGCAAGGACAUUAAAUUCGCUUGAUAUUUUAUAAGGAAUUUGCCUAGAUAGUGCCAUCAGCUUUUGAGUGCAUAGAUGACUGGGCAACGAUUUUCUAAGUAAAUUUUAUCUCUCUUCUCCUCAUGCAACUAAAAAACGUGCACUUAUCUCUUACAGUAAUGAACUCCACACAUCGCUUUCAUUUAGAGAAAAAAUGUUUUCGAAUAGUAAUUCAUUGCCAAUAUCAAUAUUGAGCCGGUCAUUGUGCAUUAAAAUUAAUAAUAACUCUUGAAAAUAUAAAGUACUCUCAUUCUCAUUGUGUGUAUUCCCCUCAUUCUAUAUUUAUCUCUCUUGAUUCUGGUCAUCCCGACUCUUAACCUACAUCUUGUCAUUUGCAUUUAGUAAACGUAUCUUUAGCUUAUACUCUCUUACAAACAAAUUUUAUUUGCUAUUUAUUGAUAUUUUCAUAAACACAAAAAUUUUACAACAUUUUAAAUCAUUUACUUUUGUGUGUCCCGUUUUCGUUCAUUUAUGAAUAGCCUCUUUUAUUCAAAUAGUCUCUUAAGACUUUUUAAUUUCUUUUGACUAUCUUACUUGUCUCUCUCACUCUCAACUUCUCUUUCAAACUCUAUUUCUCUUUGUGUAAUUCAUAAUCGCUCUUCUUUGUAUCAUAUCAUAAUGUGUUUUUUACGUAUUUUGUAUUUUAAUUGUGUUUUAUUGCCUUAAAUUUAAUUAUAAACAUUUAUGAAGAAAGAAAACCAACACACAUUUUACUUUACAUACACACAUACAUAUGUAUAUUAUUGAAUUUGUAUACAUUUGCAUGAGUAUUUGUGAAAGCUUCGAGGUUAGCCUUUGUUGGCCUACAAGAGUUUUCCAACUCCACAUUGCAUGAUUGUGCUGUACCUAUGAUAGUUUUUUGUUUUUUUUUUUAAGAUUUAAUGUAAAAAUAUAUAUUUUCAAAUAACGGCAAAGAAAAAGGAAAAAAGUGUUUAUGUAAAAGCUGCAUUUAUACAUAACAAAAAUAAAAUCAUAUACAAAUAU